GCCUCGCCUCGCCUCGCCAGCCGUGCCGGGGUUCCUCCCUCCCCGUCGGGUGCCGGAGGCUGAGCGGAGGCUUCGAUGGACGCGGAGCGGGGCAGCGCGGCUUGGGGCGGCUGCCGGCCCGGAGGGCGCCUGGACAUGAGCCACGGCUUCGUGCGGCAUAUCCGGCGCAACCAGAUCGCCAGGGAUGACUACGACAGGGAGAUGAAGCAAGCUAAGGAGAAGGUGAAGAAAAGGCACACGCCAGCCCCGGCUCGGCCCAGGAAACCAGAUCAGCAGGUCUAUCACCCCAGUUGGAGAAGUAAAGCAGAAACCACAUCUGGCCUUGAGUAUGAGGGGUCCAGUGAGAGCAGCUCCAGUACGGAACCAGACCCCAACGGACCGGCUGUCUUCUGCCUGGAGUAUGAGGAUGACAGUGGCAAGAUCACCUCAAUUGUUGUGCACCAGGACAAUGAUCCAGAUGAGGUGGUUGAGAAAGUCAGUGCCCAAAACCAGCUGGAACCGGCUUUGCGUGAGGCCCUGAGGCAGCGGGUGCAGGAGGAAUUGGAGAAGCGGCAGGUGAAGCGCUGAUGACUUCACAGGGAGGCCUGUACUGUCUGCUUAGCUGGGAAAUACUUUAGGGAAACUUGUCCCAUGACUGCUGGCUUGGAAGCUUCAGGAGGGUCAGGGCAUUAGCUGGACCCUGUUACUGGCAUAAGGAAGCACCGUCCUUCGUGGUUCCACCUCUGCCUCCUUCCUAGUAAUGGCUGAGACAUGGUUGUCUGUGUCCUAGAUGAGGGGUUGAAGGAGCAGUGGCUGCAGGGAGAUCAUCUCUGGUGGGUCUGGUUGGGAGAGCUACACAGAAAGGAUUAGUUCCGCUGAAACCUGGUCAGAUGACUCCUUAGAGCCCUUAGGUAGGUCUCAUCACCUACCCUACUAGCCUCUUUUGUGAGUAGCUAAGCUGCUGGCUAUUGUAUCUUUAGAAAUUAGGCAAUUCAGGCCAAGGCGGACAAUCACAUCACUGUUCAACAACUUUCCUGCAGAUGAAAGGUACCUGAACCUAACUAUUAGCACUGGGGAGAGCACUUGGAACAUUCUCCCCCAUCUGCCUGGGUCAGAACCUGCAGGAGCCAAUUUACUGCUAGAAUUCCCUAAGAUGAUUGUGAUAUAACCCUGCAUUACGUUGUGGGGGAGGCAGUCUACAAAGAGUAAUGGAGAGACGGCUGCUGGGCAGUGCAGGAGGCAUUGGCUGUUCAGGGGCUGUGGGUGUUCACAAGCCUUCUGUGGCAUGCGCCUGGUCCAGACUUGCAUAUGUCAUCCUCUAGUAUCUUGCUUUCAGAUCAGCCAGUAGAACUUCCUACCCCAGUAGAAAAUAAGGGUGCAUAGGUUGACUGGUUGGCAUUGAUAGGAUGUGAAGUUGUUGGGCUUAAUUUGGCCUUUGCUGGAAUCUUCUGAGGCUGGGAUGCUGGUGUGUUGUACACUUCUCACUAAAAACACACGUUCAGAAACAUGGCAGAUUAUUGUAAAUAAACACAUGCAACUUGCA